CCUAGUAUUCAUAAUUGAAGUUAAACAGAAAGUAGGAAUGAGAUAUCUACAUGUGACAGUAUAGUAAAGUCAAUCGCAUAGGUGACAACAAAAUGCCAGGAAAGAGAAAGAAAGGCUUUAAAAGCUCUUUCCGUCAGAAUAGUCAUGCGGUGCAGUUUGGUUCAAGACGAUCAGUAGCCCCAAAUCAGUCUCGACGCAGUUCCGUCUCAGGAUCAGUAUUAGGCGAAGAAGACAAUAGUAGCAUUUUUGCAGAUAGCGACUCGGCCUCUGAGAAUGAUUUUGAAGAAAACGACUUCACGAGUAGUUCUAGAUUUGAAGAAAGCCAGCUGCUUUAUGGUAGGGACGACGAUGAACAUUCUAAGGUUUUACAGCAAGACAUUAUGCAGUAUGGCCUUGAAUUAGCAAACGCAGAUGUCUUCAAAGAGAAGGAAGGUAAACCAUUUUAUGACGAAAUGUCUUCAGAGGAAGUGUUAGAAAGGAAAUUGAAAUCUAAUCCACAUCGGUUUAAACGCUGCAAAUUCAACGUUCAUAAUUCUCACGAAUCUGUGUGCAAAAUCCUCGAUCUGCCCGACGUUGAUGGUUUGGAGGAAAUUCAGAUUUCAGGGCGAUCUAAAGCUGGAAGAGUGUUUAAUGGCGACAUUGUCUUGGUAGAAGUGUACAAUUAUGUGAAAUACAGAGAAGAAUUCAUAGGCCGAUAUCAGAGAGACAUCAAUAGGAACAACAAACUGCACCGAAUAUUUGGAAAAGUAGUCGGUAUUUUCGAGAGGAAGAAUUUCAAAGACAUAGCUCAUCCAGUUUUUGUCUGUGUAUUAGACGAAACUUCGAACUUUCUGAUGAGACCUGUGUGUAAAACAGUUCCAAAACUCAAUAUAAUCCAUGAUUACAAAAAUUCCAACGUUAUUCUUGUUCACAAGUACGACAAAGAAUCAUCCUCAAUUAAAUUUCAGAAACAGUUCAAAAUUGAUCCAAAAAACAUAAAGAAUUUUACAUUCCUUGUCGUGUUUAUCAGAUGGACUGAUUUUCAUCCUUAUCCCUUGGCUGCGGUCAUCAAAGUCAUUAGAAUUGAAGAAAACAAAUCCUCAGCUUUACAAAUUCUUCGACUUCAACACCAGGUGCCCAAAUACUACCAAAGAGAUACUGUUGUCGAGACUGAAAUAACCCUUCGUGCAUUGGACACUGAAAGGAAUUGGAGUGACGAAGGUAGAGAAGAUCUGACUGCUUUGAGAGUUUUUACCAUUGAUCCCACAAAUUCCAAAGAUCUUGAUGAUGCACUUAGUAUUGAAAAGGUUGGUGAAAAUUACCGCAUAGGGGUUCACAUUGCUGAUGUCGGAUAUGUCAUAAAGAAAGAUGAAGCUAUAGAUUUGGAAGCCCAAGAAAGAUCUUGUACCUUUUAUCCAGGACAAGGUGUUAAUCCUUACCACAUGUUGCCAGAACCUUUUGCCUCAAACAUAUGCAGCAUACUUCCAGAGGUUCUAAGACCUACAAUCACAGUUUUAUUCACUGUAAAUGAGAAAGGAAAAAUGGUAAAAAAAUUUGAAAUUAAGAAAACUCUUGUAAAGUCAUCAAAACAAUUUACCUAUGAUGAGGCACAAAAGAUAAUUAUGAAUAAAACAGAUCCAGUGUUGGAACUGGAGAAGGAUAUUUUAUUGCUUUAUAAAAUAGCCAAAUUUAUCCGAUUUGCAAGGAUUCAAAUUGCCAUGUUUUCUUUACCAAUUGAAACUAAACCGAAUGAAGCACUAGCAACAUUGUCCACUUCAAGAGAGGCACACUAUCUUGUCGAAGAAUUCAUGAUCCUAGCAAAUGUUGCAGUUGCUCAGUAUUUAAGAGGGAUAUUUCCUGAAGUGAUACCAUUGCGUUGCCAGGAGGCACCGUCAAAAGAUUUGAUAGAAAAAUGGAUGGAUGAAAAUAGUCCAGUUCUAAAUAUGGUGCUGCGACUGCAAGGUAUUCACCCACAAAAAGGUCAAGAGAGCAUUGGUCUACAUCAAGUGAGCCAUGUUCUCAGAUAUAGAUAUGUAAUGGCAAUACAAAAAUGGGUAUGGGAAAAUUUGUAUGAAAGUAUAAAACACAACGAUCUGGACACUGCAGAAAAGCUAAUUUGCACAGACGAACUUCAUCCAAUGCAAUGCUUAGCUCUGGAAGAUUGGAUAUCAUUUCAAGAAACUGCUUUCUAUAAAUGUAGUGGGACAACCAAGAAUGCGGAUGAAAUGAUCCAUUUUUCAUUGAAAAUGAACUUUUAUGUGCAUUUCACAUCACCUAUUCGAAGGUACCCUGAUAUUGUAAUAAAUCGACUCGUUCACGCAGCGCUGGAUAACAAUGAAUGUCCCUAUUCAGUAGAGGAAGUGUCAAAUCUUUGUGAAGGAUUCAACAGUAAUAUUCGCCGAGCAAAAAAGUUUCAUAAGCAAUGCCAAAUGAUGUUUUGGGGUUUUCAUUUGAAAAAGAAUCCGCAAGUAGUGCAUGGAAUAGUAAGAGAACUAGAGGAUAAGUCAGUAUCGUUAAUAAUUCCAGGGUUUAGAUCACUGCCAACUUACUGUAAAGAACUCCCUUUGAAUUUACUACAAGUGUCCAGUAAGCCAAAAAAUAUAGAACGUCACGAAAACGAAUAUUUAGUUCUACAAUGGUUAAGGCGACUGUAUGACGUAAAUGGAAAACCACAUGCUAAUUGGAAAAUGCUUUCAUAUAGAGAAAGGGAGACUUUCAGUAAAAAAAUAAAUCCAAAUUUGAAAACGAAGUUUAUACCACAAGAAACGUGGAAAAUAUUCCUUUCAGCGGUUAUAAAAAAUAAACUCCCAGAGCUACGAGAAUUUCUUCUGGACGAAGGGAUCGAAGACUUAAACUUAAAAAAAGAUGGAUAUAAUUUUAUUGAUGGUUGUCAUGAAACAGUGUUUGAUCACACGUCUGAGGUGGAAAGUGGAAACGUUAUUAAACAAGCCUGUGAAUAUAGCAUGACAUUUACACGGGGACAAGUCUUCUGUGUUCAGCUCUCCGCAGAACCCCAAAGGGGAAUACUUUCUCCAACAUUGCAAUUGUUCGAUAUGACCUCUAGCAUAAAUUAUUGUCUGCAACACACCCGUGACCCAAUUAAAUUUCUCUCUAAUUACUCCUCAUUAAAACCGUUACAGACGUACCCAUCCCCUGUCAAGUAUUUGAGUAUUUGGCUUCCGUUAGUAGAAAUGGAGGCAGUGACGUCUGCAGUCGAUGAUGAUUCAAUUUCAAUAAAUAACGUUCAAGUCACAUUUGAAUCUAAGCGUAUUGGACAUUUUAUGAUAGAUAAAAGAUUUGCUGAUCAAAGAGAUAUUGAUUUUAGCGUUAUGUCAGCAAAAUUUGUUUUACAAGGACAAGAUGAACCCGAUCAAAAAGAAUUUAAUAACACCAGUUUUCUGUGUAUUCGAUCAAAGCAUAUGAAUAACAACCCAGUUGGAACAAAUUAUUCUUUGUCCUACAACCCAAACGAUCGAAAUUAUUGUAUACUUCAUGCUCAAGUUACGAAGGUUGAAAAGAUGGAUAAGAAGGAAAAAUCUGAGCCCGAGGAAGAAAAUGGACGGCGAAAAAAUUCAAAAAGCGCAUUGAAAAUUCGUUUUGAGCUUCAUCCUGAUAGCUGUGAUCCAAGUGACGCCAUGCUUUAUACCCACAACCCCUCUCCCUGUACGGUAGAAAUUAUUCCAAAAUCAGAGACAGAUGCACGAAUUCAAGUGGUUCUGGGUUGUAUUGGACAAUCAACAGAUCUGGCCAAAAACAUUGCUCUAAACCAAAGAGCACUCUCUUCUAAGUCUCGUCUAAAUUCAUGGUAUUCUGAUAUAGCCUCUAAAAUGAAUGAUGAAGUAAACAUUCCGAACAUUGUACCAAAUAAUGAAUUCCAGAAAAACGCAAUAAAGAAAUCUCUGUCUUCUACAUUCAGCCUUAUUCAUGGACCACCUGGUACAGGAAAAACCCACACAGGUAUCAAACUUGUUUAUCUAUUUGACAAAAUAAAUUCAAAAAUGGAAGAGGAAGGUCAUUCGAGAAUGCACGUUGUUUUUUGCGGGCCAAACAACAAGUCUGUGGAUUUGGUAGCGAGGUGGAUGCUUCAGAAAUAUGGCGAGGAAUGCCCAGAUAUUGUUCGACUAUAUGGUAAUUCUCUAGAAAGUAAAGUCUUUCCAACACUUGGUAAAUAUUUCUCAAAAAGAGCUUCUUCAAAGGAAUACAAACCGGAUCCAAUGCUGGAAAACAUAUCUGUACAUAAUCUAAUACGGUUGGAGGAUAAACCCUUUUCCGAAGAAAUACGCCGGUACGAUGAACUGUUUCGCAAGUAUGAAUUGGGAGAAUACGAACCCACAUUGGCCGACUUGAAGAAGUACAGAAAAUGGACAAGUGAAGCAACACAAACUGAAAUAAAGCAGCAUCACGUUAUUUUCUGCACCACCGCAGUUGCUACAAGUCCAAGGUUUAUCAAGGCACUUUCUGGAGAGAUACGUCAAUUAAUAAUUGACGAGGCAGGGAUGUGCACAGAACCAGAAAGUGUCGCCGCUGUCAUCGCCACCAAAGCAACACAGGUGGUUCUCAUAGGCGACCACAAACAACUCAGGCCUGUGUUAAAGUCUUCUCAUGCAGCAGAACUGGGUCUUGAAAAAUCUUUAUUCGAAAGAUAUUCAGAGCGAGCAACUAUGCUUCGUAUUCAAUACCGCAUGCAUCCAGGGAUAUGCGAGUUUCCUUCAACUGAAUUUUACGACGGAAGACUUCUGACGGAGUCUUCUCCAAAGUGGGACAUUCCAAACCCUUUAAAGAUAUGGGUAAAUAGAGAUAAAAUACCAAUUGUGUUUUGUCAUAUAGAAGGAGAGGAGGAAUUUCUUACGGUAUCCACUGAGGAGGGAAAUGAGCAGUCCUGUAGCAAUAAACAAGAGGUAGACCAAGUGGUCAAAAUUUUAAAACACCUAAUUGAGAAGGAGAACCUUGACCUAACUGACAAAGAGAAUCUGAAUAUAAUGUCCCAAUACAAUGCUCAGUGUCAUCAGAUAAGGUUAGCUGUGUCCAGCAUAGCAGAGGGGAUAAAUGUCAACACAGUGGUUGCUAGCCAGGGUGGAGAAUGGAAUUACGUCAUUUUCAGUACAGUACGGUCUCUACCACGUUAUCGGAUAGAAGGCAAUCCUACUUUGGGUUGGCGUAAGAAGAGUCUGGGCUUCAUAUCUGAUGAGCAUCAAAUCAAUGUUGCUCUCACCAGAGCAAGACGUGGUCUUAUUAUUAUAGGAAACAAACAUUUACUAUCUUGUGACCCUGUGUGGAAAAAUCUGGUCGAUCACUAUGCCAGAUUGGGUUGUGUUGUUGAUGAAGGCGAAGAGUUUCCAAGACGUGUUUGAAUUCAAAACUGGGCAGUGGUAGAUAUAUACCAAGGUAGACUAUACAAGAAACGUAAUGAAAAAGAAAUCUGCUAUUACAGCAUGAAUUAACGUUUGAAUGACGAAGAACCAUGCUGUGAAAUUUUCAGCACACUCCACAGACAUAAAUCAUCUAUGUGCAAAGCAUUUUAUCAGUGCUCAAAUCCCAUAACGAAA